GUUGAAAUCUUUGUCCAACAAUCUUUUACAAUCAAUAAUUUAGAAAAAAAACUUAUUAAAUUAUUCCAAAAAAUUGAAAAGUUGGAAGAACAAGAACAAUUAAAAUCCAAAUGGGACAAUAACCAGGAAUUACAAACUCAAACAACUGAAUUAAUUAGAGAAAGAGAUAACGUUCAGCAAAAUUUAAAAAGAAAUCUAAUAAACUUUUUACUCAAAAAUAAGCAAAAAAGCAAAAGAAUUAGUGAAUUAACUGGCGGUUUAUCUUUUUUACGGGGUUUGCUAGUUGGCAAAAACCAAGAGGUAAUUGACUUAACUACUCAAAAAAAUGAUUUAUCAAGAGAGAUUGCCGAACAGCAACGAGAAAGAAAUAGAAUACAAGCAGAACUAGAUAAUUUACAAACUAGGCUCGGUCGUCUACAAGGAAAGUUUUUAGGUUCUUUGCUUAGAAGUAAAAAGAAAUCAGAAGCAAUUAAAGAACUAAAAGCCCAAAUGGUAAAAUUAAGGGCUAAAUUGAUUGAAAAAGAGGGGCAAAUAGAGGAUUUGCAAAAUCAAGUAGACGAUUUGAAUCAACAAUUAACCCUUGCCGAUAAUACUAUUGAUACUUUGCAUCAAGAAUUAAAUCUAAAAGAUGGUGAGAUAACUAGACUUGAAAAUGAAGUAAAAAAUCUGGAAACAGAACGGGAUGAUCGUCCAAAAAAUAUUCAACGAGAAUUGGACCGAGAAAAAGGUUGGUGGGAUAAGUGGCUGAAUGAUACCCGAGUCGAUAUGCAGAGUAGUGCAAAUGAUGACAAACAAUUACCAACGUGGGUGGCUAAUCGUCAUGUUAGUUUCGGUCAACUCUUAGAAUGGAGUGCCACUCUUGCUUAUGGAGGAAAAGGAGCCUGA